CUGCUGCCUCUGCUGCUGCUGCCGCGGUCCGCCGCCGUCCCGCUGCCCGGCGCCGCAGACUCCUCGGGGGAGGCCGAGCCGGAGGAGGCGGUGGCGCGGCGGGAGGCGCUGCCCCUCAGCCUGCGGCUGGCGCAGCUGCUGCGCGACCGGGCGGCUCAGCUGCAGCACGAGAUGUGCGAGAAGUUCACCGUCUGCGAGAACAGCAUGGAAAUGCUCCUCCAGAACAACCUCAACCUCCCCAGAGUGACGGAGGAAGACGGGUGUCUGCACGCCGGCUUCGAUGAGGAUAAAUGCUUGAGAAAAAUCUCCAGCGGGCUUUAUACAUUUCAGACAUACCUCAAAUAUGUACAAGAAACUUUUACUAGCGAAAACCAAAACGUUGAAUCGCUAUCCUAUAGUACAGAGCACCUGGCACAUACCAUAAGACAGAUGGUGAUCAAUCCCGAAGAAGUGAUCGUCCCAGAUGCAGAUACCCAGGAAUCCCUCCGUGCAAAGCUGAAGUCCAGUAAGACCUGGAUUGAGAAAAUCACCACCCACCUCAUCCUCCGAGACUUUACUUCAUUUAUGGAGAAAACAGUGAGGGCUGUGCGCUAUUUGAAAAAUACCAGGAGUUUCAGUGCCUAAAUGUUUUAGUUCAGGCACAAUCCUUCGUUACACAUCUGUCAUGUGGCAGAUGACAGUGUUGUUCUGUUUUAAGAAC